CAUCAACCAUCAACCAUCAACCAUCAACCAUCAACAUCAACCAUCAUCCUCCAUCAACCAUCCUCCAUCAACCCAGAACCCCCGCCGCCAGCUCAUGCGCGUUCAGUCAACCACGACAUCACCUACCUCAACAGCAUAUCGAGACUCGUAUUGGAUCUAGAGAUCCGGUACACAGAGUCCAUAGUUAUUCAAAAUGGCUACUAUGGUGAAUCCACCCGCUUCCAAGUCGAAAUCCAACCCUCUGGAUCUCCGCGUAGGUAAUAAGUACCGCAUCGGCCGUAAGAUCGGAAGCGGUAGCUUCGGUGACAUCUAUCUCGGCACCAACAUCAUCUCCGGCGAGGAGAUCGCCAUCAAGCUCGAGAGCGUCAAGGCCAAGCACCCCCAACUCGAAUAUGAGGCUCGCGUCUACAAGUCCCUGGCCGGCGGUGUCGGUAUCCCGUUCGUGCGCUGGUUCGGAACCGAGUGUGACUACAAUGCCAUGGUUCUGGACCUCCUCGGACCCAGUUUGGAGGACCUGUUCAACUUCUGCAACCGCAAGUUCUCGCUGAAGACUGUCCUGCUCCUGGCCGAUCAGCUCAUCUCGCGUAUCGAGUACAUCCACGCCAAAUCAUUCAUCCACCGUGAUAUCAAGCCGGACAACUUCCUCAUGGGCAUCGGAAAGCGUGGUAACCAGGUCAACGUUAUUGACUUCGGUCUGGCCAAGAAGUACCGUGACCCCAAGACCCAUUUCCACAUCCCAUACAGAGAGAACAAGAACUUGACGGGUACUGCCCGUUAUGCUUCGAUCAACACCCAUCUUGGUGUCGAGCAGUCUCGCCGUGACGACAUGGAGUCCCUCGGAUAUGUUAUGCUUUACUUCUGCCGUGGAUCCCUCCCAUGGCAGGGACUCAAGGCUGCCACCAAGAAGCAGAAGUACGACCGUAUUAUGGAGAAGAAGAUGACCACCCCGACUGAGGUUCUCUGCCGUGGAUUCCCCAACGAGUUUGCCAUCUACCUCAACUACACCAGGUCCCUUCGUUUCGACGACAAGCCCGAUUACUCCUACCUCCGAAAGAUCUUCCGUGACCUCUUCGUCCGUGAGGGUUUCCAGUACGAUUACGUCUUCGACUGGACGGUGUACAAGUACCAGAAGAACGCUCAGGCCAUUGCCCAGGCGGCUGGUAACACCCCAGGUGCGGAGGAAGAUGAGAAGCAGCACCGUACUCGCACUAAUGCCGCUACUGCGGGCCAGCCGACGCCUCAGCAGGCAUCUAGUGCUUCCAAGCCCGGGGCUAUCUCUACCACCCGCCGUAAGGUCAUGGAGCGUGGCGCCAGCGGAGCCGAUACCCCCGAGACGAACCGAGCCGUUGGUGGGAGUGAUAGGAUUCUCCGCAAAUAGGCUUCGCUCCGCCUCUAAGGGUGUUGUGACUAGCACUGGUCUAGGCACUGCUGGCACUUACCGAGUAAAGAGAGAUGAACCGUCUACACAGCAAUGGUACUGAAAGUUUUCGUUGGACGACCCACUCUACGACUCAAAUUCGAGAUAUUUUGUCUUGGCCCAGAGUUACUCUCGUGACCAGCAUCCGCUUGGCACGAUGUGGCCUGUGUGACAGCUCGAUUACACGCACACGCUACUCAUAUCUUAUGAAUUGUCUUGUUUCGCAAUCGGCUCAGGCUCGACUUAUCGAUUAUUACAUGUCUCGUCAGUUUUGGACUUCAUGGCUAUUGGCUCGCUCGUUACCUGCACUUGGCAGGGCAAUCACAACGACGAACUGGGCCCCAUGAGUUUCAUGCUUUCGAACGGCACUUCGAUGGCGUCUGCAACUUUUGAAGAUCAGCCCGCAAUGACACAUCAUUGUUACUGUUGACUCCUGCUUUGGGGCAACAUCGACUUCAUAAUUACUGAAUGGCCAUCGAUAUAACGAUGCGUAAACAAGAGGGGAGGCUCGGAUCUAGACCAGGCACACGCACACGACCAUACUGUUGUCAAUCCCCGGCCACGGAUGCGCAGCCAGUACCGACCAGCUUUCCCACCAGAAACAGUUUUCGUUUUAUUCUUUCAUGUUUUUUCGUUUUUGCGCGAUUGUCUUUUUCCAGCGUGGCGCCCCCGCGACCCUUACUUUAAUACGACGGAUGCGAAAGCAGAACUUUGUCCAGGAUAGGGGUGCAUUCAACAAGGAGCAACACUCUCAUUCACGCCACCCUCGUCUUGUCUCAUUCCAACAAGCCCCACCACUCACUUGAACAUAUGGAUAUAUGGAGCUCGUCAAUAUCAACAGGGGAUGCGCGGAUAUUUACUGGAAUGGCAGCCGGCUUGUCUCUUUUUUUUUUUUGCUUUUCAUUUGGUCAUGCACAACGUUUCUUAGCUAGCCAUUCAUUUUUGUUUCGAUCAGGGAGGAGAGGCGGU